UUUGUAAAAAUAUCUGAGAGGAAAAUAAUGAACAAACGACUUUUCUCACAACUCUUUCUCGCUUUCAUCAUUCCUAGAAGCACUAACCACCUACUUCUGCCUCAGUUAACGUAAAGGAACAGAUUUUAUCGCCAACUUUUAAGCCGUGAAACAACGCGUCUCGGUCAGUCUCAAACACACCCGUCAGUCUGCGGUUGCGGUCUUCCUAUGAGCACGAGCGUUUAGUGGUUUCCAUUGGAAACCGGACCCGUGCUCACAAGAACAACAGCUCACGCAUCAGGACAGUCCCACUCCGACAACAGAAGAGAGCCAGGAGGAUUUUACAGUGACGUGAAUCUAGUUUCGGUCGGUUUUUUAAUACCUUGCUAUCUCUGUGUCUUUCCACCUGUUACAGACUUUAAAAAAAACUUCGCUGCAGCUUUUGUUGUAUCAGCAGACACACUGUGUUGCCCUGGCAACUCUGAGCUGAGAGCUAUUGAAUUACAAAAAUGGGGUCCGGGUUUUCUGUCCUCGGGACCUUCAGUUACAGAAAAUGAACUGACAUCGACCGUAGGCUAUCGGUGAAGAGAGAAAAACGAAUGCUGCCUGAUCAUGUCUGCUCUGGUUCGACCUGGAGUUAAUGUUUCAGAGCUAUGUAAGGAUGGAGACAAGCUCCUUGAGGCCGGAGAGUUGGGGAGGGCUACCUCUCUCUACAUGUCUGCCUUCAGGACUCACGCCGCCUCCACCGUGUCCCACAUGCGGAACUUGAAGUCAGGCAUGGGUGGGGUGAUCUCUACUCUAGAAGGAUGGCUUGACAGUCAUGGGGAGAACCACCCUGCUCAGGGUUUUAACAAAGGUCUUGCAGCUGUGUUUCUGUCCACACUCUGCCCUAACAAUCUGUCAGCCACCAUUUUUAAGAUGGAGUCACUCCUUCAGAGUGGGGUGCAUGGCUGCGAGGAGAUUUUUGCUCGCUGCACUGCUCUGCUUGAAGGGAUGCAAAACCCUCAUCCACAAGAUGCGACUCGCAUGGUGUUGGAGAUAACUCGUGCCCUGGCCUGCUUGCUCUCAGAGACUCACAGUAUCAAGGGCCUGAAGCUUUACCUCAAAGCUUACCAGAGUAACAAAUCUGAAACCGUCACACUGGUGAAAAGCAGACAAGCUCAGCACCUAACCAAAAUAGUGAUGGCCUUUACAGACCAACUACUGCACAUACAUCCCUCUCUGAUAUUUGACAGCGAGUGUGCAGUGACAACAAAUGAGAAUGAUAAGCUAGAUAUAGAGGCUUCUUCUUCUUCUACAAUUAUUGAGUUUUUGUUGGCUAUCUCACCUGGCAAUAGAGAAGUGCAUGAACUUCAAGCAGCAUAUUUAUUUUUGACAGGCAGGUUUAUGGACAGUGCAGAGGUGUACUCUGCUCUCUUGCAUCAUGGUUAUUGUCAGAAAACGUCAGAGUGUAGCACAGACAAAUCAUACCAAGACCCUCCUGAGAGGAGAGCUAGACUCUUAACCAGUCGAGCCGCUGCCUGCUUGUCUGCAGGUGGACGGAUUGCGGAGGCAUGCAGGGAUCUGGGUGAAGCAUUUGAGUUACACCCUGCCACUGCCCGAAUUUAUUUUCAAAAGCUAUUCACAGAUCAUGGUACAGGGGUGGCUGCUCGCAACCAUCUCCGUCAGCAGGCAGAGAGAGGCCUGUCUGGUUACAGAGAACGGGUCCCCAUCCGUCCAGACCUGCGGUCCUCUGAAGGAGUUGAGCUUCUGGACCCUGUGAUCACUCAGUUACGGACUCUGUGCCAUUUAGAGCCUGAUGGGGGAGGCAGAGAGCUGCGGGUACGACUGGCUGACUGUCUGCUCCUCAGAGGAGAACACAAAGAGGCCCUCUCCAUCUGUAGCCAGCUAGCUGCUGCCCAAGGUCAGCAGAGCUAUCAAAACACAGUGCAGGUUCUUUGUGGAUAUGCACGACUUCUCUCAGAUGACCACAAGGGAGCGUUGGAAGACUUCCAGGCUGUGAUUGAACACAAUGCCCCCCACCCAUCCAGCUGUGUGCGUGCACUCUGUGGCAGGGGGCUCCUGCGCAUGAUUGGCGGCUUACACUACCUCACAGCUCUAGACUAUGUGACAGCUAGCAGGCUGCACCCUCAGGAAACCGCACUGACUGUUCGCUGCUUGGUACCAUGGAACUACAGGGGGCUGCUGUUUACUGUUUUACUAGAGCAGGGACGAGUCAUGCUGGAGGGGACAGGGGAGCACGAAUCCAUGUCCAGUUCAAGUGAAGACUCCCAACAGCCCCAGCAGGGGGAUCAGCCCCAGGCCCCUUCAAAGAGAAACAAACACAGAUCAGGGACUCCAGCUGGUGUCCAGUCUCUGGCUGUGCUGCUGAUGGAGCUCCAGCCCGGUGAUGAUGGGUCUCAAAUUCUGGCAGCAGAUGCCUUGUACCAGCUUGGCCGAGUGGAGGAGGCCUACCGCCUACUACUUUCCAUUGGGCCCAGCAGUCCUCGGGCACCCAUCCUGGCUCGCCUCGCCCUACUACAGCUGCACAGAGGCUUUCUUUAUGACACCAAUCAGCUGCUUAAAAAGCUCAUUCAGUGCGGCGAUACGAGCUGCUUGCGCCCCCUGUUGGCGGUAGCACAACAGAAGGACCGGGCUCUUCUGCAGGCGCACUGCCACUCUGCUGCUAAACGCAUCCUGGAGGGCAUGCGAGAGGAAAGCGCUGUCAGGGAGGCUGUGGCAUAUCUCUCCAUUGCCAUCAUGGCCUCUGGUGGCGUGGCAGCAGAGUCUUUACUGGAGAGAGCGAGGUGUUAUGCCCUGCUGGGCCAACGAAAGACAGCCAUCUUUGAUUUCAGUGCCAUACUGAAGGAGCACCCAAAAUACGUUCAGGCCCUCUGUGGAAGAGGCUUCACCUAUCUCAUGCUGAACCAACAAAAGGAAUGUACUCGUGAUAUACUGGCAGCACUUCAAAUAAACACUGACAUAGUCACCAAAGACAUCCUAUCACUCAAGGACAAGGCACGGAAGCUCGUCUGUGAUUGGCUGCAUCAGCUCUGUCGGACCAAUCUGUCGGACAUCCUGCUCGCCAAUGCUGUCCCCUGCCAUAAAGAGCAGCUCAGAGAGGCUUUUACAAUUGGUGGAGCUCUGAUGAAGACAGACUGCAGAGACCCCAGAUGGCAUCUCCUCUAUGUGGACAUACUCUUGGCCAAAGGUGAAGUUAAGGCAGCAGCCGCUCAUCUGUGCCAGGUGUUUGGCCAGGAGCCGAGAGAUGCAGUGGCCCAGGCCAGGGUGGGUGUGCUGGAGGCCUGGAAGCAGAACUACCGCAGCGCAGCUCGCAGGCUCAGCAAACUGACUGAGAAAGAUUUGUCCAGUCUGGGCUUCUUGCUGGCCCUUAUCCCAAUCAAUCAGCGCAAAUGCAUGGCACAGGCAGCAGCACAGGAGGCCAGCAGUGUGUCAUCAGGUGGCCAGUGGGAUCAGGCCCUCACACUCCUGACUGUGGCAGUACAAGCAGGGGGAAAUUACAGACUCCAGUAUCUUCGCCAGCGGGCUGCGUGCCUCGCUCACCUGGGCCUACACGAGCGGGCCAUAGCUGACCUGGACAGAGUUAUCCAGAAACACAAUGGAUCUGACUCCAGCUGCUCAGAUGAGCACCAAUUGUGGGCGGAAGACCUGUGUCGGCGAGGCCGCAGCCUGGUGCUCUGUUCCAGAGAAGGAGCUGCUCUAGAGGACUUUACUCGGGCCUUGGAGCUCCACAGGAACCAAGCCAUCCAGUGUGUGGAGGCUGGUCUGGGGAGGCUACGUCUGGCUGAGUGCUUCCUGCGGGGAGCUCUGCAGCACUAUGGGGAGCAGCAGCUCAGUAAAGCCUGGACAAUGAUUGAAUGUGGUCUAGUUGUGGACAGUGACAACACAGAGCUCCGCAGACUGAGGGCAAAGGUCAAACGAGAAGUAGCCAGCCCCUGCAAUGUCAACUAGUGUUGAUAGUCAGAAUCGCACAGGAGCUCCAGCUGAGCUCACAUAAUGUAGCUGUGUCAGUGCCUGUACCUUAAGAUGUCAUACUGUGGAGGAACAAUCUAACUGAUGAGAAAUCUUCCACAAUUUUAUAGCAUGUUUGAUGGUUCUAAUUGUUUGAGGACACGGUGCUUCGGUUCAUAUUAUGUCUUCCAAUUUCAAUUUCAAUUUGUAGGAUUAACAACAGUGUUUGUUAUAGUAUUUUAUAUCUUUAUAAUUACAGCAAAGCCGUGUAUUGAAUAUGAAAGGAGUAUGUGAAUGGUAGAUAUUUUCAACACCACACGUAUUGAAUGUUUUAUUAUCCCGUAUUUUAUGAAUGAUUUAACCUCAGCACUUCAUACAUUUUAUGACUGAAACAUCAGUAAUUGAAUUAUUGUAACAGAAACAAAACAUGAUGGUCAAGAUCAUUAUAUGAUAUGAAGGAAAUCAUGCAACGUGAAAUUAAAUAUAUUUUAAGUCAAACCAUCACACCUAGAUAAUAGAUUUAAGAAAGUGCCCAAUGUGCAGGUUUUAUGCUUUUGAAAUGGAGAAGGCACACUUUUUUAAUCAUAUCCAUGACAGCACAUAAUUUAAUAAGCAUAAAUACAGGAAAACAGAAAUAAAUAUUGGAAUUUAGUUCAUACCACUCACAAAAAUCACUAAAAUCGCUAAAAUCAGUACUCUUCUCAGUGCACUUGAAGAAGGA